UCCGCCGCAGAGGAAGCCGAUCCGCCGCGCUUCGUCCUGAUGGCUCCCGCGUCCCGAAGGCCCCGCCUGCCGCUCCUCGGCCGCCUGCUGCUGGCGGCGCUGGCUUGCCUGCCCCCGCUGUCAGAUUCCCUGGCGGUGAUGUCGGUGGACCUGGGGAGCGAAUCCAUGAAGGUGGCGCUGGUCAAGCCCGGGGUGCCGAUGGAGAUCGUCUUGAACAAGGAGUCUCGCAGGAAAACCCCGCUGGCUGUGGCCCUGAAGGAGACCGAGCGGCUCUUUGGCGACGGCGCAGCAGGAAUGGCUAUUAAAAAUCCAAAGGUCACAUUCCGCUAUUUCCAAGACCUUCUGGGCAAACAUUUUGACAACCCCCAAGUGGCUCGGUACCAGUCCUGGUUCCCAGAGCAUCAGCUGGAGAAAGAUGCAAGGAGGGAGACGGUCAUCUUUAGGCUCUCGGACAAGUUGCAAUAUUCUCCAGAAGAGAUGCUGGGUAUGGUCCUGAAUUAUUCUCGGGCACUGGCUGAGGAGUUUGCAGAGCAACCAGUCAAAGAUGCAGUAAUCACCAUCCCUGCGUACUUCAACCAAGCGGAGAGGAGAGCCGUUCUGCAUGCUGCCAAAAUGGCCGACCUCAAGGUUCUGCAGCUCAUCAACGAUAACACUGCCGUGGCAUUGAACUACGGCGUCUUCCGGAGGAAAGACAUCAAUGCCACCGCUCAGAACAUCAUGUUCUACGAUAUGGGGGCAGGCAGUACCGUCUGUACCAUCGUGACGUACCAAACCCUGAAGACCAAGGACUCGGGGGUCCAACCACAGCUGCAGAUCAGGGGCGUUGGCUUUGAUCGGACGUUGGGGGGGCUGCAGAUGGAGCUGCGCCUUCGUGACCACCUGGCUAAGCUCUUCAAUGAGCAGCACCCGGGCAAGGAUGUCCGGCAGAAUCUCCGUGCCAUGGCCAAGCUGCUGAAGGAGGCCAAUCGGGUGAAAACGGUGUUGAGUGCCAAUGUGGACCACAUGGCUCAGAUUGAGGGUCUCUUGGAUGACAUUGAUUUCAAGGCCAAGGUUUCCCGGCAAGAGUUUGAGAAACUGUGUUCUGACUUGUUCGAGCGGGUGGCAGGACCCGUCCAGCAGGCCCUGGGUAGCGCUGAAAUGAGCCUGGAGGAAAUUGACCAAGUGAUCCUCGUUGGAGGGGCUACCCGAGUGCCGAAGGUGCAGGAAUUUCUGUUACAAGUAGUCGGCAAAGAAGAGCUGGGGAAGAACAUCAAUGCUGAUGAGGCUGCUGCGAUGGGGGCCGUCUACCAGGCAGCUGCUCUGAGCAAAGCCUUCAAGGUGAAGCCGUUCAUUGUCCGUGAUGCAGCCUUGUACCCGAUCCAGGUUGAGUUCACUCGGGAAGUCGAAGAGGGGGAUGAGUCCAGGAGUCUGAAGCACAACCGGCGCAUCCUCUUCCAGCGCAUGGCACCGUAUCCUCAGCGCAAGGUCAUCACCUUCAACCGCUACACAGACGACUUCGAAUUCCAGGUCAACUACGCCGACAUGGGCUUCCUGAGCGACAGCGACCUACGAGCUUUUGGGUCCCUGAACCUCACGAAGGUGAAGCUGCGCGGUGUGGGGGAGAGCUUCAAGAAGCACCUGGAUUACGAAUCCAAAGGCAUCAAGGCCCAUUUCAAUAUGGAUGAGAGUGGCGUGCUGAGUCUUGAUCGAGUGGAGUCUGUCUUUGAGACCGUGGUAGAGGAGAAAGCAGAGGAGGAAUCCACACUCACCAAACUUGGAAACACCAUCUCCAGCCUGUUUGGGGGAGGCAGCCCUGGGACAGAAGCCCCCGAGAACGUGACGGAGGCUGUUCAUGAGGAGGAAGAGGCUCAAGCAGAGUUUGGGAGAGAGGAUCAGAAGGACCGUGCUGGGCCUGCGAGGGAGGAGGGUGAGAAGCAGCCGCCCAGGUCUCAGGAGAAACCUGCUGCUGGAGAGGCUUCGGCCCCUGAGGGCCCGCAGGAGGAGGACGCUGCUGCAGAAAAGGGGGGGUCCAAGGAAGCCCCAGAGAAAGCAGAGGCUGGGAAGGGGGAGGAGUCCCCCGCGAAAAGCCCCGCCGAGAAGGCAGCCGUGGCGCUGGAGGAGGAGAGGAAGGCCAGGAAGCAGCGGCUGGUGGAGGAGAUUGCAGUGGAGCUGGACGUGCACGAUGUGCUGGAGCUGCUGCCGGAGGAGCUGCAAAGCUCCAGCCUGAAGUUGCAGGAGCUGACCGCAAGGGACCUGGAGAAGCAAGAGAGGGAGAAAUCGGCCAACAGCCUGGAGGCCUUCAUUUUUGAGACCCAGGACAAGCUCUAUCAGGAGGAGUACCAGUUUGUGGCAACGGAAGAGGAAAGGGAGGAGAUAUCCAGGAAGCUGAGUGAGGCUUCCAGCUGGAUGGAAGACGAGGGCUACGCAGCCCCAACCAAGGAGCUGAAGGAGAAGCUCUCUGAGCUGAGGAGAUUGUGCCGGAGCCUCUUCUUCCGGGUGGAGGAGAGAAGGAAGUGGCCAGACCGCCUGGCUGCCCUGGAGAGCCUGCUGAAUCACUCCAGCAUUUUCCUCAGGGGGGCCCGAAUGAUCCCGGAGCCUGAUCAGAUAUUCACCGAAAUCGAGCUGAGCACUUUGGAGAAAGCUAUCAAUGAGACGGAGGUGUGGAAGAACGAGACUCUGGCCGAGCAGAACAAGCUGCCCCCCACCGCCAAGCCCGUUCUGCUUUCCAAAGACAUUGAGGUGAAGAUCACAGGCUUGGACCGGGAGGUGCAGUACCUUCUCAACAAGGCCAAGUUCACCAAGCCCAAGAAGAGGGAGAACGCCACGGGGUCUCCGGAGAAUGGCAAGACCGCCCCUCCCAAGCAGGAGACGCGGGAAGAUCGACCAGAAGAUGCCAGCCCAGCCAAAGAGCCCCCCACGGAGGAGGAAACGCCACUGGACAAUGAGCUGGACCCAGAUGGAGGCACGCAAGCAGAUAAGACUGCAGAGACAAAAGAGACCAGAAGUAAUGAUGAAUUGUAACACUUCUUCAAGUCCCUGUGUGCAUCAUCAACAUCUAUUUAUUUACAGUUAAUUUUACUGUUUUUAUGAUGGACAUGGUUAGUGGAACAUGGCACACAAACUGAUGACAAAAUAGAAUUGUAUUUUUCCCCCUUUUUGUUUGGGGAUUUGGUUCUUGCUCAUUUGGAAAUUUUGUGCUGUAUCAACUCCUUUCUUUAAAGACGACUUUCAGCUCUUUGGAAAUGUUUGUGGGGCCUGACCCAGCUUUUUCCUGGGAUCGGCCUUUUUCACCAACGGAUUAAAUCUACCUGGAUUCCUCCAGGACACCACAGCACAGCGUACCUGCUCUGGGCUCUGCUUUUGAUGCAGAAAGCAGGGCCUGCAGCGGCUCUCCUUACCUGAAAAACCUGGUCGUCUUACUCUCCGCCGCUGGCUGCUGCCGUUGUCUUUGUUCCGCAGCUCCAUGUCACAAAGUCAGGUGAAACAUAAAUGGGUAGGCAGGAACGGUCUGAAAGAAGCCUUAAAUGCUCCCUGGUGUAUCAGGAGGUAACACAGAACAGCCGGGCGGCCAUCAACACCCAGACUGACAAAGCCAGAGAGAAUCUCCUUCUGUUCUCCUUGGUUCACUGAAUGCCGCGGCCACGUUCUGCCUCGUUCUCUAUCCGUUUCAAGGGGCCUCCGGGCGGCUGCUCUUGUGAGAGCAAGGGGUGCUGUCUGGGGGUGGCUGGCCGUUCUUUGCCCCUAAAGGGUCCGACUCCUGCUAAGCACUUGAACAAUCCUGAGCCUGAUUCUUCACGGGGCAUUUUUGUUUUGUUCAUAUGGUGCAGGGGAAUGGGAAGUGGGCUGCCAAGGGGGGCUGCCGCUGAGCGGGUGCAUCUCUAUUUGGGCAGUUCGUCUUGCUGGCUGCUGGGCUUUGAGCUACUAGGGGGAGAGGAUGAAAAAGGUCGCCUUGCAGAGGGAGACCCACUCUCUCUGUCUUCAUCGUCUCCCCCGGAGGGAUCUCCUUGGCAGGAAGGGGAAAGGGACGUCCUGUGUGUGUCUCCUCGGGAGGCCU